GAGAUGUCAAGCUGUGAAGUAACUCUUUUAUCUUUUAAUGAUAUACAGGUAGAUUAUCCAUGUCAAAUAUUCAGAACAAAAUAACGGGAUGGAUUACUUUCCAUGAAUCAUGAUAUGCUGCGCCACAUUUGCACAGUAGAGAUUGUCUUAUUGGAGAGGAGUCUCUCCACAAGAUGGAGUCUCCAUUUCAGGCAUCUUCGACUGCCUACAAACUAUCUGAUUUGAUUCAUCAUCAAUUUUUUGAUAUAAAAUACUGAGCUCCCUCCCAGUCUCAUCAGUAUCAUAUUUUUAUUGCUCGCCGAAUAGAGAGGUUUAAAAAUGAGCAAGGCGACAACUCUCCCCCCACCCAUGGUGUACAGAGACAAUCCAGCUCUCGACGAUGCCUCAACUUCUUCUGCAGUCUCAUUACAUACCAUUGAUGGGUAUGUGGAUUCAGACGAACUACCUCCUUCUUAUUCAUAUACCGAUGAGCCUGUUUCAACAAUAUCUGCGGAUUCUGUACCAACCCAUCCAACUUUAGGAGUAUGGUACCGUUCACCUCCCGAACUUCCAUUCUCCUCCCAUGAUCUUGAUUGCAGCGAAUUCCGAACUCGGUUUCCAAACUUCUCCACGAACGCAACUACUCUAUAUGAUAUGAUCCGAGAGCAAACCAAAUACCCACCGGGAUAUUACGUGAACAUAACAGGUUGGCACAAUGAAACGAAGCGUCAAGGAAACAAGGAGACGAAAAGCAAAAUUAUCGACUUUUUGAUUCGGAUCAACAUCACUCAUCUUCUCGCUCGCGGUGUUGGUCUGAGCGGGGAAGUUGAGUGUUUGCCUAACAAUGUUAAAGGUUAUAGAGGUGGCAGGAUCUCGAGUUCUGAACCGACAGUAGUCGCAGAUGAAGAAACCCAGACAGAUGAGCUUAAAGCUUGGUGUGAAGACUAUGUUUCAAAUCCCGCUAGUGUGAAAUCCUUCAUGCUCAAACGAGAAAUCAUAAACCACGAUACUAAGAAGCUGGAACAACAUCUCCGAUCUACUCUUGCCGAGACAAACUAUCGAGGGCAUGUCGAAAUUGAUUUUCCUUCCACUCAUAAGCGCCUUAUUGUCUAUUCACCGGGAAAAAUAAAUGAAUGGCGUAUUACGACUUGGAUCCGAUGGGUGUUUUACUUAACAUUCUUUUGGCUCAUCUCCUGGCCGGUACUAUUUUUCCUCACGCAUAAAUAUGAGGUUGUCAAGGUGAUCUUCCCUUACGCAGAUCGUUUAGUUGACGAUGGAGGUGGUCGGACUUGUACGAUUAUGAGUGAGGUAGAAUGGCUCAACCUAUGGGAAAGUUCUAUUAGAAGAGCUGCAUUGGCUAGAAUGAUGUGUAAAGAUCGAUGUCUGGAUGAUGCUUACAGAAGAGAGACAGCGGCCGCUGAUGCGAGGGGGUUGGUUGCUAGUUCGGCACAAGAACCAGAUACAAAUGUUGGUAACGCUGCAUUGAAUAUUUUGAGACAAGGUUUGAGAGUAGCUGAAGGGUUUCAUGCUAAUAGGGGCUGGGGUGGUGACUGUUAAUAAUGGGAAUGACAUUGAGGAUCGAAAAGAAUGUCGAUAUCAUUUUUCCCCCAGAAUAUAUUUUUUUCA